AAUGCAGUCUUCAAUUCAGCAAGCCCUAAAAAAUGGCCAUCUUCUACCCCAUCGACACCACAGCACCUCCUUCAUCGUACCGACACCACACUUCUCCAACCCUCCAUCUCCGCCGAGUCACCCCGUCUCUGGUUGGCUAAUAGAGUGAAAGAGCAGUGUCAUAGAUCUAUACAAGCUGAAAAGACAUCUAACCCUAAAAAAAGUGUAAAGUGGGAUGCUGAUUUGUGCUUUAUUGAUGAUUAUGAUCGUGUUUUUAGAAAUUGUCUUAAGUUAACAAAAUUAGAGAUGAACAGAGUUUAUAAUCUCAGGCUUGAUGAUGGGUCUCCACCAGCAACAAUCUACGAGAAUAUGUGGGAUUUAACACCUGAUACAGAGUUGCUAAUGGAAUUGCCUGAAGAGUACACUUUCGACUUCUUCAACAGCCGCCUGUCACCACCAUCACCCUCAGCCUUCUUCACCACUCUGAACAACAGCCGUCGGUGCACCCUCAUCCGCACCGGAAUCGGCCGUCGACUACCGCCUACUCCGCAGCCCAACUUCUCCGCCUUCAAAUCACCUCCAAUACCGGAAACCCUUCUCGCCGCCCUGAAUUACCACCGCCCACCCCUACCUCUCGCCGUCGGAUAUCCAACCGGCGGUCGCCUUUAAUCAGGUAUGUUCUAAUCUCUCCUCUAUAGUGUCUCGUGUUACUACACACCCGAACCAGCCCACAUCCUCAGCGAUCCGGUUAAGCCCGCUACCGAUUUGAGUCGUACCCCUGUUACCGGACCCCUGGAGUGGGAAUAAAAGAUUGAGGAUUUGGGGAUUUUUUAUUUGUUCAAAUGAGAUGAUUUGGUUAGUGGGUGGUGGUGAUGGUUGGCGGCGACGGUUGAGAGAAGUAGAGGGAAUCGGAGGUGGUUGAGGGUGGUGGUCGGAGGUGGUUGUUGGUGGUGGCUAGAGAGAGGUAGAGAGAGAGAGAGCUAGAAAGAGGGUGUUGUUUCUUUAUAUAUAAAUGUAUAUACAUAUAUUGUAAUAUUUUUAAAUUUGUUUUUGUUUUAUUUAUUAACAUAUUUUAAAGUAAUUGGUAAAAAGACUAAGUUGCCCUUGAGUGAUCAGAUUUAACAGAAAAAAAUUAACUGAGUUUGGCUCAAAGGACAUAACGUGCAGGAUUUUAAAACCUA